AUGACACGAUUGAGAAUUACUGUAUUUUUAACGUUUUUGCUUAGAAGUUUGCACGCGCUCCUCCCCAACCCCUACAACCCGCCAGUCGGAUGCGCAAAUUACGGUCUAUGUGAUGAGAAUAAUUAUGAUCCUUCCGAUACCACAUAUUACACUUGCUAUCCGCAAUCUUGCAUUUGCAACGACGGUACGUACGGCAUCUAUUCCCCAGGCGUCUACGUCCUCUAUAUUGGCUAUCUUGGCCAGACGGACGCCUGCCAAAGCUCAUACGAUAAAUGCAUAGCGAUCCCACCUGCUUGCCCGGCCCAUUCAUCGUGCAGUACGAUGAUCGACAACGUACAAUGCACCUGCAGUUCCGGGUGGACCGGAGCCAAUUGUGAUCAAGCGAUUUCUACGAAUCCUUGCGAUUCGACCCCAUGCCAAAAUGGUGGCACCUGCACGAAGGUCAGCUCAACAGCGUAUACCUGUAGUUGCGGCACGGCGGCAUAUGGAGAGAACUGUCAAUCCGACCCUACCGCCUGCAACGCUACAACUUGCUUAAAUGGAGGUGUCUGCGUGGAGCAGCUGAAUACCGGCACAACAUGCUUGUGUCCGAGAGAUACGACUGGUGCAAACUGUGGGACAAAAAUCCAACCCUGCAGCCCGAAUCCGUGCAAAAACAGUGCCAUCUGCACGAAUUCAACUAAUGGAGGUUUUGACUACACUUGUACCUGCCAACCAGGAUGGACAGGAGAGAAUUGUACACUAAAACUCUGGUGCGAUCCGCUCUUCAACCAAUGCGAAUACGGUAGCAAGUGCAACCUCAACGCCGACUACUCGGGGUACAGCUGCGAUUGCUUGAGUUUGUAUACCGGGAAGAAUUGCGAUAUCCCAAACAUGUGCGAGUCGGUGCCGUGCCAGAAUGGUGGCGACUGCUCGGUCAUCUCCAGCAGCUUCGACUCCACCUACAACUGUACCUGCCAGCCCGGAUAUACUGGAGCACAGUGCCAAUCGUAUAUCGAUUUCUGCGACUCUGUCCCUUGCCAAUAUGGUGGUACUUGUAAAAAUGUUCGACCUCCAGCCCCGCCAUACCUCACCUGCGCCUGCCAGCCGGGAGCCAAUGGAAGUUUUUGCGAGAAUAACCCCGACGACUGCAUCUACCAGACGAUCAGCGGGAAAAAGUACUCGAGCUGUAAUAUGACGGAUUCGAAGGCCCUCUGCGUGGACGGGCUGAACUCGUUUGUUUGCGUCUGCGGACCGGACUAUACUGGAGCCGAUUGUUCAAUUCCGAUGAUCGUCUACAACGCAACAAUCAUCAUUUUUGGACCAGAUGCGGCAGUUAGUGAUGAUAUCAUUAAUCUCCUGAAAGACCUCCUCAAAAACCCGACCAACAUCAAGGACAUGGUGCCGUUCAUUUUAGGGUUGUUGGACGAUUCGGAAAGAAUGGACAAAAGUUGGGACUACGAUGAUAUGUUUGAUUGGGUGGCCUACGAGGAGAAGAGCUUAGAUUUGCCUCGGGACCUUCUCAAAUGGAAUGAUGUGACGCUGGGGAAUUGCUUUACGUUCAACCACCGAAAUUCCACGGAUGCCCAAUAUUUACAUCGAAUGACCGGGAAGCCAGGAUCGCUCGAAGCCCUCGUAAAAAUCAACAGCGACGAAUAUUGCCCGUGGGUCGAUACGCAAGCUAUUCAGGUGUUUGUCCAUCCGGCCGAAGAAGACAUCUUCUCGGAAUCUGUCCGUUACAACGCACAGCCCGGCGGAGAGACUGAAUUGUUUCCGGCAUUGACAGCUUAUACGCGACUUGGCGGUCGCUACGGUAGAUGUGUCAACGACGCCAGUGAGGUCAAGCAGUAUUUCUACUCCGGUGACUAUACUACUGAUGGCUGUAUCCGCUCGUGCUACCAACAAGAAGUGCGACAGGCUUGCGGUUGCAUGGACCCACGAUAUCCAAUGGAAUUUGGCGUUCAGCCGUGUGGACUUACAAAGCGAAGUUGCGUCGAAACCGUGGCCACUUCCGGAACUGAUCCAUCGACAAUGAAGGGUUGCGUUUGCCCGUUGCCAUGCGCAAAUCGUGCGUAUACACUCUCGUGGGCCAAGACCGUUUAUACCGCUCAGCAACCCCGAUGCUUUUCCGCCUCGAACAAGACGGCCUGCGAAAUUCUGGCGGCGGACUCGGUCCGAGUACAGGUCAUCUUGCCCGACUUUACCUAUCAACUUUUCGCGGAAGUGCCGGCGAUGACGCUCAACCAGUUCAUCGGUAACCUCGGCGGUCUGCUCGGCGUGUUGAUGGGCAUUUCAAUGAUAUCAUUUAUUGAGAUUGGAUUCCUCGUCAUCGCUGUGGCGGUUGUAGUUUGUGGCCAUAAGAAAAAGGCC